CACUUCAAGAUGUCCUUUGGGAGAGAUAUGGAGCUGGAGCAUUUUGACGAGCGUGACAAGGCGCAGCGCUAUGGCAGAGGGUCCCGGGUGAACGGUUUGCCUAGCCCUACCCACAGUGCCCACUGCAGCUUCUACCGAACCCGUACCCUACAGACCCUCAGUUCUGAGAAAAAGGCUAAGAAAGUCCGUUUCUAUCGGAACGGAGACCGCUAUUUCAAAGGAAUUGUAUAUGCCAUCUCCCCUGACCGGUUUAGAUCCUUCGAGGCGCUGCUGGCUGAUCUGACCCGAACUCUGUCUGACAAUGUGAAUCUGCCCCAGGGGGUGAGAACAAUCUACACAAUUGAUGGCACCAAGAAGAUCUCUUCCUUGGACCAGCUAGUAGAAGGGGAGAGCUAUGUAUGUGGUUCAAUAGAGCCCUUCAAGAAACUGGAGUACACCAAGAAUGUAAACCCAAACUGGUCAGUGAAYGUUAAGACAACUUCUACUUCCCGUUCAGUGCCGUCUCUCGCCACUGCCAAAGGAGGUGUUCCAGAUGCGAAGGAGAAUAAGGAUUUCAUUAGGCCUAAGCUAGUCACUAUCAUCAGGAGUGGAGUGAAACCACGUAAGGCAGUCCGGAUUCUGCUCAACAAGAAGACAGCACAUUCGUUUGAACAGGUUCUUACUGAUAUAACAGAUGCCAUCAAGCUGGAUUCUGGGGUGGUUAAACGCUUGUACACACUAGAUGGAAAACAGGUGAUGUGCCUUCAGGAUUUCUUUGGUGAUGAUGACAUUUUUAUUGCAUGUGGACCAGAAAAGUUCCGUUACCAGGACGAUUUCUUGCUGGAUGAAAGUGAAUGUCGGGUAGUGAAAUCCACUUCCUACACCAAAAUAGCUUCAACUUCCCGUAGGAGCACCACCAAGAGCCCGGGCCCAUCUCGGCGCAGCAAGUCUCCUGCCUCUACCAGCUCAGGUGCUGCAAAAACAAAUAAAAAGACAGGUUCCUGUCCUGUUGUGCUUCCAGACUCAGCAAGAGAUGACAUGAAUGGAACUCCUGGUAGCCAGCUUUCUACUCCCCGCUCUGGGAAGUCUCCAAGCCCAUCUCCCACCAGCCCAGGAAGUCUACGGAAACAGAGGAGCUCCCAGCACAGCGGCUCCUCCACCUCAUUAGCAUCCACCAAAGUUUGCAGCUCUAUGGAUGAAAAUGACGGACCUGCAGAAGAAGUGUUGGAGGAAGGCUUCCAGGUCCCAGCAUCAAUAGCAGAGCGAUAUAAAGUUGGAAGGACUAUAGGAGAUGGAAAUUUUGCUAUUGUGAAGGAGUGUAUAGAGAGAUCAACUGGUAGAGAAUAUGCGCUGAAAAUAAUCAAAAAAAGUAAAUGUAGAGGAAAAGAACACAUGAUCCAGAAUGAAGUAUCUAUUUUAAGAAGAGUCAAACAUCCCAAUAUUGUACUUCUGAUUGAGGAGAUGGACAUGCCAACUGAAUUGUACCUGGUCAUGGAACUUGUAAAGGGAGGAGAUCUUUUUGAUGCUAUUACUUCCACCAACAAAUACACAGAGCGGGAUGCCAGUGGGAUGCUUUACAAUCUGGCCAGUGCCAUCAAGUAUCUUCACAGCUUGAACAUUGUGCACAGGGAUAUCAAGCCUGAGAACCUGCUGGUUUAUGAACACCAAGAUGGAAGCAAGUCUCUGAAAUUAGGAGACUUUGGCCUAGCAACAAUUGUGGAUGGACCUCUCUAUACUGUUUGUGGGACCCCAACAUAUGUAGCUCCAGAAAUCAUUGCUGAAACUGGAUAUGGCCUGAAGGUGGACAUCUGGGCAGCGGGUGUGAUCACUUACAUCCUGCUCUGUGGUUUUCCUCCAUUCCGUGGAAGUGGAGAUGACCAAGAAGUUCUUUUUGAUCAGAUUUUGAUGGGACAGGUGGAUUUUCCAUCUCCCUACUGGGACAAUGUUUCUGACUCUGCAAAGGAACUUAUCACAAUGAUGCUUCAAGUAGAUGUAGAUCUGCGGUUCUCAGCCUUGCAAGUUCUUGAACAUCCCUGGGUUAAUGAUGAUGGCCUUCCAGAGAAUGAGCAUCAGUUAUCAGUAGCUGGGAAGAUAAAGAAGCAUUUCAACACAGGCCCUAAGCCGAACAGCACUGCAGCUGGAGUUUCUGUCAUAGCACUGGACCACGGGUUUACCAUCAAGAGAUCAGGGUCUUUGGACUACUACCAACAACCAGGAAUGUAUUGGAUAAGACCACCGCUCUUGAUAAGGAGAGGCAGGUUUUCCGACGAAGACGCAACCAGGAUGUGAGGGGACGUUACAAGGCACAGCAAGCUCCACCUGAACUCAACUCCGAAUCGGAAGACUAUUCACCAAGUUCCUCCGAGACUGUUCGCUCACCUAACUCACCCUUUUAAUAAAACACUUUUACUCGAAAGUCUUGGCUUUAACCCUUUGAGCCCUGAAAAUCUUUCAGACCUGUGUGAAGUGAUUACAGCUGAUCUAUCUAGUGCUAAAAGCUCGAGUGGUGGAACACAAAAGGGUGUUUACAGAAUCUUUGUAAGAAUAAUUUCCUAAUUGAUCGAAAUACUUGUUCUCUGUUUAGAUUGCAACUUGCUGCUAACAUGAUCCUCAAAGGGUUAAGGCUAUUUUGCUUUUUUAUUUAAAGAUAGAAGCAGUGAAUGUUUUCAUCAGUGAAGCUAGGAACUGCAGUAUGUAAUUUUAGCACAUGUUAACCCUCUGAGUAAGCGAUCAGCUUAGUCUCGACAGCCCACACUAGGGUUUUAUUCUGGCUUUUUUGCUUUUAUACGCACAUAUCUUUUAUAGUACCCUAAGGUUCCCUGCCUCUUUCUGGCCAAAACAAUAGCAAACACACUAUUGCUUAGGGGCUGAAAAUACGGGCUUUAAAAACAAACAUAAAAUGAAAUAAACAAUAUCUUUUACAGCAGCUCAUAGUAAACCUGCUUCAUACUUCCAUAGAAGAGCGACUGUUUUUGGAGGAUAUUAUGCAGGGUAAAUGUGAACUUCAGUUUAGGACAGUCCCAUAGUUUACUGGAGAUGACAUGAUGAUGGCCUCAGAAGGUUGCUUCCAUAUCAUUUGCUGCUAAUGGCAGCGCAGGGUCUUGGGAAAUGGCUUAAGGACACAUUCUGUCAGGUAAUGGCAUGUAAUGAUCUAGUUUAAGAGUUGCUGCUCCUUUUGCCUCGCAGUCGGAGAGGUACAGACAGCUUCUCAGCAUGACUUGGCUACUCCAUAGG